AAGAACACUUCAACAAUAAGUCGGUAAUGAUAUCUAUAGUCAUUAAAAACAUCAGUAUGAAUAUGGAUCUGGAGGUCAAGGAACCCAAGAAGAAAGUAUUGGACGGUAAUGCUACACUAAAGCUUCUGCAGAACUACUCGGAUUCUCAUAGUUUGACGAACGAUAGCAUUAUUUAUCUAUUCACUGAGAGUACCCCUGUUGACAAAGCUUACUUUGGUGCAGCGUUUCCAGAUCUAUUUUCAACCUACUCCACGUUUGGAACUUUUUGCAGUAACACCAGCAGCGCCGCAAUGAGGCAGUCACCAAAAAACUGGAAUUAUUGGUCGACUGUGAAAGCGACGGCACUAACGUUUCGAACAAGAAACUUCAUACAGUUCACGAUGGAAGACAUAGAAAAAAUGAAAAACACCUUUUUGUAUGAAGAAUUUAUUUUGUUCUUAUGCCGCCAUAGCAUGUAG